AAAUCUUUUAUAAAGAGCUUGCAGUGCUCUGAUCAUAACCAGUCUUAAAAAUGAACUUAUUGAUAACAUUAGUCUUAACUCUAAGUAUUGGCAUGCAAACCAUUGCUAAUGCAGCUGAUUUUGAGGAUUCACCAGAACUAAGAUACUGUGCAAUGCAGGAGGGCGUAACAGAGGAUAUGCUGGAUAAUGAACCUGAUAACUAUAAAGUGAAAUGCUUUUACCUUUGCGAGCUAACAAGGAUUCAUAUUAUUGAAAAUGGAAAGAUAGUUGAUCCUGAUCGUAAGGAGAAACCCGUAUCGCCAAAUGUCUCAGGACUAGCAGGUAAUCAGAAACUAAGACAUUGUUUUAAUCUCAAGGAGCAAAAUGAAUGUGAACUUGGUAAUAAGCUGUAUAAUUGCCUACACGAUGAGCUCGAUAAGGCUUAUGAGGAAUAUCUUGAAACCAAAAUCUUCGUUAAAAAAAUGAAAUAAAAAUGUUUGAAAAUUUUGUACAA